GGGCGGCGUGGAGUGCCUGGGAGGUGAUCAAAGAGCCGCUGUGAUGACAUCGAUCACCACAGAUGUGGCGGUCAUCUCUCUGACGGACGCUGAUCUGACGCAUUGAGGUGAGAGAGGGCACCCAAGAGGGUCUGAUGACAUCAGCAAUGACAGCCUGUGUGGUCUCUGUGUGUGGUUGGGCAGGACUGAGUCGCCUUCUGCCUUGUUUAUCUUGAUCUUUGCGAGUGAGCAGACAGGCCGGCGUCGUUGUGCCUCGUGCACUGCACGUGGUCAACUUAUGAAGGGUGAGAGAAGAACCACGCAAGCCGAUUCAAAAUGCACUCGCUGUUUGCUUCCUUGUGUGUGUUCUGUGUGCUCUCUGGCAGAUGGUUGCCAUGUGCUGACUGAGUGAGUCGUGGCGAUGUCUGAUUUGGUGCCCGACGACCUGUGGCGGAGGCGCAUUCUGCCGUCCCUUCUCGUCCAUGAGGCGGUCUGUGUCCGAGCGACCUGCCGGCCGAAGGCGGCUCUGGUGACCGCCGCUCUGCUGGUGGAGCGCAUCGACGGCUCCCUCGCCCGCCACUCCCUCACCGGCCUCAUCGACAUCGACCGCACCGCCCCUCUCCCAUUCACCUAUGUGCUGCGGGCGGCCUAUGUGCUGGAGCAGGGCAGCAACGAGUGGCCUGGGAUGCGGCGGUUCAUCCGGCUGGCCGCCAUCUAUCGGCUGACGCCUGCCAAUGGGCUGCCCCUGGUGCUGUCGGCUCAGUGGCUGACAGCCCACCUUCCCAGCAGGACGGCAUUCCAUCAGCUGCCAUGGGCGAUGGCCAUCUACAAGAUCAUCGGCAAUCUAUCGGCUGUUCGGCCACCGGCUCACAGACGCAGGGAACAGCCUGGCGCUGCAGCAAAUCGACGACAACGGACGCUAUCGGAUCGCCGGCGGUUGGCCGUUUCGUGUGGUGCCGUUGGGUGAGCUGCCGGGCGGCCAUGGCUAUGCUGAGGGCUACAAGCGGACCGACCCCGUCAUCCGCUGGCCGGCCCUCCUCUUCCCCUCAUUCUCGACAUUCCUGCUGGAGAGGGUACUCGUCAGGUGGUGCUAUGGUAAAGGAGCGGGCCAGAGGAAGGUGCUGCGUGCAGUCAUCGGCCGUGAUGAUGCUCGGUAUGGCCGUGUGCUGCUGACCGAUAGCAUCACAGAGGGUCUGGGCAUCGUCGCCGACUUCCGCUACGAUGGGGGCAAUCUGAAUGAUGCGAAUCCGAUUGUUUUUCGUAGUGUCAUUGUGAGCGGCUGGCGACCCAACGAGACCAUCGCUGCUCACCUGUGGUUGGGAAGUGGCUACAUCUAUCUGUUCACGACCGAGGCACCCGUGGCUGAUCGGUCUCAGCCGCUCGCCGACCGCUUCCCCGUGUCGGUUGGCGCCGCCCGCCGUCUGCUGCGGCCAUUAGGUCUCGAGAGUGACGUCAUCGACAGGGGGACCGUGGUGGGGUGAGAGGUGCCGACUGGCGCCUGAUAUGGUUCAACUUGGUGCUUUUAAUGAGUUGGGGCAGGCUAAUGGCUGCAUGGGUGUCCAUGUGUGUGUGUCCGUGUGUGUGUCUGAGCACUGACGCACAUAGACUGACUUGAGUGCUCCGUAGGUCAGCGACAGUGACGAUGACAAAUUUCCCUUACUCUCCGUAUUUAUGUACAUAAACGUCCGUCCAUCCGAACAGACCACAGGGCACUCACACAGACAGAC